AUGUCGGUCGACACGAGUUACCUGACCACUCAGGUCAACAACAUCAUCGGCCAGUUACAUGGGAUUUUUGAUGAUAUUGGCGUGCCAAACCAUGAGCGAGAGACACGCGAGACAGAGGCAACCCUGUCAGAUACACUGAACAAUCAUUUACGCAUCGUCACUACCGAGAAAGAGGAGAUGAUUGCAGAAGCCGAACGCCUCAUUAAAACAAUCAAACAAAUGGAAGCAUCGCUUGAUGACGAAAAGGCAAAUGGACAAUAUGAGCUUGACGAUGGAGAUCUUCGUAUUACCUUUCCACUCAAUCGCUGUAUUGUCAACCUAAAAGAAAAGUACUCUGCCAUCAGCAGACUACAUCGCGAGCGCUUUGAACAAGUAAAAAAAUUGGUCGAGGCCCUCGAGUCUUACUCUUCACACUUGGAAGCAUCUUUCGUACAAAUUGAACUUCCGCCAACAGCGCCGAACGCGUCCAUCCCACCUAACUUUGAUCUCUCGCCGUCAUAUGUUACCAGAUUGGACAGCGAAUUUACACGCGUCUACGAAGAAUACAAUAAGCGAGUUCACCUGGUUAAAGUGACUUCUGAAGAAAUCAUCAAGCUAUGGGCCGAGCUUGGUACUCCACAAGCUCAGACUGACUCUAACAUUGUCAAAUACUACCGUGAAGCUCCAGAACAGCUAGGUCUUCAUGAUACUGAUAUUGUUAGCCUAAAGGAAAAGCGCGCCAUGCUCAUGGAAGAGAAGAAGAAUCGCGAGAGAAAGCUAAAUGAUCUGAAGACAGCAGUUGAAGGUUUGUGGGAGCGCCUCGGAGUUGAUGAGCGUGAUCAAAAGGCCUUCCUUGCAGCGAAUCGUGGCUGUGGCCUUCGCACAAUCAAUGAAUUUUCAGAGGAACUUGAAAGACUCAAGGAACUCAAGCGUCAGAAUCUGCAUCUCUUUGUUGAAGAUGCUCGUUGUCGCUUACAGGAGUUAUGGGAUAGCUUGUACUAUUCUGAAGAGGAGAUGCUAGACUUUACGCCUGCCUUUUCCGAUGUUUAUAGUGAUGCCUUGUUAGAAGCACAUGAAGCCGAGAUCGCCCGACUUGAGGCUAUCAGGGAGCAACGCGCUCCUACUCUCGAUCUCAUCACAAGACAUAAGGCUUUGAUCGAAGAGCGAGACACCCUUGCGGCUUCGAGUCAAGAUGCUUCGCGCCUCAUGGCACGUGGUAACAAGGGGGAGAAACGCGAUCCUGGCAAGCUUCUGCGAGAAGAGAAGAUGCGUAAGCGAAUUGCCAAAGAGUUACCAAAGCUUGAAGUCGAUUUACGAAAGAUGCUAGAGAGGUGGGAGGAUGAAUACGGCAGACCUUUCCUUGUCCACGGUGAACGGUAUCUUGAGGAGCUUACGCCAGUGGCGUCUAAAGUUCCUCCUCGAUCCAAGACACCAUCAGUGCAGCCACCAAGUGCAGUGAAGUCCAAACAAGCAAGCACGUACGGUACUGGAAGCGUUCGUGGUGCGCCACCUCCACGGUCUGCAACCAAGACGCCAACUGGUACCAUGCGACGUAACGCACCACAAGUAGCAGCUUGCUAUUCCAAUCAAGCACAGGCCAAGUCUCCCUCCAAGAUUCCUGCUCGUGUCCCGCUUAGCAAUAUGCCUCACGGCAACAAUUCUCCUGAACGCCGCCAGCCCCCAACUUUGUACUCUUCUAACACAAUACGAGGCAAGAUACCACCUCGUGCCCCACCACCAAAGAUGCGCGAGUUAUUUACAGACCCAAAUGAAGAUUCUGUAGCUCCCAGUUAUAUGAUGGAACCCUCGCAUUGUGAAAGUGUGGUGUCUAGUCGAAGUGUGCGGCCCGUUUCUCUUGAAGAUGUCUAUGAUGACAGACAACAACGAUCGGUGGUGAGCCAUUCAACCAUGCCACGUCCUAGGACUGCUAUGAGCUCCAAUAGUUCGUCUCAGUCUCUUCGCUCGAUAGCUUCUAGAGAGAUGGCAUAUCCUCCACAGAACCCAUACCUCAGCCGUCAGCCACCACCCCUUGCUCCAGCAAUGAGACAAAUUUCAAACUCGACAGUUCAAACAGCCACAUCUGGCUCGGAGAACUGGGAGACUUAUGAUGAUGAUGCUUCAGAGCCAGAGAUUGAUGCCAGUGAUGUAUAUUAUGCCAAGCUACGCGCAGCUCAUGGAAAGCGUUUGGCUCCAGAGGGUCAGCAUGAAGAGUCUCUCUUGGGCAAGAAGAUGAGAGGUAUCCGCACAGUAGGGUCUGAUGAGCAAUUUCUUGAGCAUAAUGGUCAAAUGGUGAGGAUCGAGGGAAGUGAUGGAGGUUGGACUGAUGAAUUGGAGACGUAUUGAACUGCAGGUAGCAUUGUCGAUGAUCUACGAGCUUUAUGAAUUCGCUACGAUUCACGCUUUCUGGCUGGUACUGAAAACGACCGUUCGGCUACAGCGGAUGAUUUGAUGCUAUCACGACAAACCAAGUCCACACCUUCGAUAUCGCAAUCCCCCCUGGUAUUCGAUAGGGACCUUUACUUUGUUUGGCGCACUUCUUGGCUGGUACUGGAGUUUUGUGGCGACCGAGCAACUACAGCCGGACAUAUACCUUUCUCUCGGCUAUUGAUUUCUUCGUUUCAUGUGAACUUUCUUCUUUACUUCUGAUUAAUAUUGAUUUUCUUUUUUUGGGGAUUCAUGUGUAUUGAUUAUUUCCAUCCGAGGUGGGGUGUGUGUGCCUGGGUUUCAGCUUCAUCUUUUAUCUUUUUUCGUUUCAAAUAAUUGCACAUUUCUACACAGGGUGCUUGUGAUGUUACUUAGCCUUUUACUUUAUACCAGUUCUGCCAGAAAAAAAUAUUGUUUGAUUC